CAGCAAACACACUCAGCUCAGCCCAACAGAUGCUUUUGGGACCAUUGAGUUCCAAGGAGGUGGCCAUUCCAACAAAGCCAUGUAUGUUCGAGUAUCUUUUGAUACGAAACCUGAUCUCUUGCUACACCUGAUGACCAAGGAAUGGCAACUGGAGCUUCCCAAACUUCUCAUCUCUGUGCAUGGAGGGCUGCAGAACUUUGAGCUCCAACCCAAACUCAAGCAAGUCUUCGGGAAAGGGCUCAUCAAAGCGGCCAUGACAACCGGAGCAUGGAUCUUCACGGGAGGGGUCAACACAGGAGUCAUUCGUCAUGUUGGAGAUGCCUUGAAGGACCAUGCCUCUAAGUCUCGAGGGAAGAUAUGUACCAUAGGAAUCGCCCCCUGGGGAAUUGUGGAAAACCAGGAGGACCUGAUUGGAAGAGAUGUAGUCCGGCCAUACCAGACCAUGUCCAACCCCAUGAGCAAGCUCACCGUCCUCAACAGCAUGCAUUCCCACUUCAUCCUGGCUGACAACGGGACCACAGGAAAAUAUGGAGCAGAGGUGAAACUCCGCAGACAACUGGAGAAGCACAUUUCCCUCCAGAAGAUAAACACAAGAUGCCUGCCGUUUUUCUCUCUUGACUCCCGCUUGUUUUAUUCAUUUUGGGGUAGUUGCCAAUUAGACCCAAUUGGAAUCGGCCAAGGGGUUCCAGUGGUGGCCCUCAUAGUGGAAGGAGGACCCAACGUGAUCUCGAUUGUUUUGGAGUACCUCCGAGACACGCCUCCUGUGCCAGUCGUGGUCUGUGAUGGGAGUGGACGGGCGUCUGACAUCCUGGCAUUUGGGCAUAAAUAUUCAGAAGAAGGCGGGUAG